UGGACCAGAAUUAACGAACAGCCUGAUAGGUGUUCUCUGCCGCUUUCGCAAGGGACAAGUUGCUAUAAUGUGUGAUAUUGAGCGUAUGUUCCAUCAGUUUCACGUCAAAGCAGAGGACCAGGACUACUUGAGAUUUCUCUGGUGGGACGAUGGAAACUUCCAGGCUCAAUCAUCAGUCUAUCGCAUGCGAGUGCACCUAUUUGGAGCUGCCUCUUCCCCUGGUUGUGCAAACUUUGGCUUGAAACAUGUUGCUGCCCAAGGACAUGGUCACUACAGUGAAACCACGAUUCAGUUCAUUGAACGGAACUUUUACGUGGAUGAUGGGCUCACAAGUGUCGCAACCAAGGAGGAAGCCAUCAAGUUAGUAAAGGAAGCAAGGCAACUCUGCAGUGCUGGCAAACUGCGAAUUCACAAAUUCAUUUCCAACAAUCAUGAAGUACUUGCAUCCAUUCCAGAGAGUGAACGUGCAGAUUCAGUACGAAAUCGUGACUUGGAUCUUGGUGAGUCCCAAAUUGAGAGAGCUCUGGGAAUCAAAUGGUGCAUUGUUUCAGACCAGUUCCAUUUUAGAGUGAUUGUGGAAGAACGCCCACUUUCUAGAAGAGGAGUCUUAUCAACUGUGGCAUCCAUCUAUGACCCUCUUGGCUUUGUGGCACCAUUUGUUCUGGUUGGAAAGCAAAUACUCCAACAGAUGUGUCAAGACAAGGUUGGAUGGGAUGAGCCACUGUCAGAAGAGCUCAAACCACGGUGGGAGUCUUGGCUGUUGAAUGAUCCCACUGGUCCACAGCCUCUUACGCCAAAUCACAUCCUGACCAUGAAGUCUUCAGUGGUUUUACCACCACCUGGUGAGUUUGUGAAGGAAGACCUUUAUCUUCGAAAAAGAUGGCGCAAGGUGCAAUACCUGGCCAAUGAAUUUUGGACCAGAUGGAAAAGGGAAUAUUUGCUGAAUCUUCAGCAGAGAGGAAAAUGGUGCAAAACACAGAGAAAUGCCAAGAUCAAUGACAUUGUGAUGCUGAUGGAUAAUAGUCUACCCAGAAAUGAGUGGAAGUUGGCCAAGGUAACCAAGGUGUACCCUAGUGAGGAUGGAAUCAUUAGGAAACUCGAGCUGCUAAUCAGUGAUGCGACAUUGGAUGACCAAGGAAAAAGAGUUAAUAAGCCAGUGUAUCUUGAGAGACCCAUCCACAAAACAGUUACCCUACUUGAAGCUGAAUAGUUCAGAACUCCUGUCUUUGUAACUUGUGUUUGGCCCAAGAGACUAUUUACACUUAUUUUUUUCCUUUGCAAUGAGGUUCAGCUGAAAAUCAGCAGUGAUUUGGUGGGAGUGUGGCUGCCGUCAGCAGCAGUCAUGCAGUUAAAGAUAAUUUCAUGGUUUAAGUUGCAAUAAAUAAGUUAAAAAUAUUUUAUUUUAAUAUAUCAGAUUUAAUGUAUACAUCGUUGGGUUUAAAAAUACACAUUUAAAUGGUUUACAGAAUGUUUCCAGGGUGGAACCAAUGUUCAGUCUGUUGUUUUGGGGUUGACAGUAUUUUCAGUUGCACGCCACACUUGAUAGAGGGCAGCAUGCUUUCUUCUGUCACUCGGUGGUAGAGCUAUGCAGACGCAUGCAACGAAGUUUUCCAGCUGUGAAAAGAAGUGACACUGCAAGAUGUGUUUUCGUUAACCCCUGCAAGUUAAUGCGGCCAAUGAGUUCUCACGGCAUCGUUGGUGGCACCUGUGUGCAAUAAAUGCCAGUAAAA